AGAAAAGGGCCAUCUCGGUAAUUGCACAGAAAACAGACGAUACCCACAUCAUCCGCCUUUCUCUUUUUUAUAUUCCAUCCAUGCCUCUCUCUCACGCAACCCUGGAAAAAGUUCUGUAAACACCACAAAUCAAUUUCUCUACCCUCUUUCUAAUUAGUUUUCUUGUAAUCUCUCGCAUGGUGCUAUAAAUCCCUUGUCCUUUAAUGGGUUUUGAAUUUCUAGUUAAAUAAAUCUUUCCUCUAGUUCCAGACUCAUUAAAUUCUUGUUUAUUUUCUUUAUGGAAGGAAAUGAAAUCCCAUGGGAAUUCAACUCCGUUUCAGCUUUGAUUCGCAUCGAGAUCAUGAGUGCAAUUUCCUCUGAAACUAUUUUCCAUCUCUCCUCUAAUCCUCUCUUUUCUUGCAUUAUCACUCUCUACGCUCUAAUUCUCAUCUACUUCCCUCACGCUCUCAAAAUCUCUCUCUCCACAGUUUUGAUCCUCAGUGCCCUUCUCUUGCUCUUUCUCCUUCGCCUCGGCGCCAUUCAGAGACUACAUAAUAAAAAGCCAGAUGAAAAUGAGAGCAAAGAAAACAACAGGGACGGAGAUUUAGAUGAAGCAGAAAAGUCUAGUUUUUUGGCCAAAGAAGACAAAUGGGUUGCAUUCCAAGGUGAAACAGGCAUUGACUCGAAUCCAAAACCGGAUUUUGAGGUGUCAUUUGUUGAAUGGGACAUGAGGGCACCAUUAGAGGUCAUAUACGAAGCUUACGAAGGUGAAGAAGAUGAAGAGAAUGACAAUGAGAAGCAUGAGGAUUCUGAUCCUACCAGGACUGCAGCUUUGGAGAGGUACCCAUCUUUGUCAAUGUACUAUCCAGAAACGGACUCGGAUACCUCCUCUGAUGGCGGUUUUUGGGUGAACGGAGAAUGGGAUUCCCCGGAGAGCGUUUGCUUUAGAUGGGAAGAGGAAGAUAAAGCGGGCUUGUUGAUAGAGAUAGCUCUCGAUAGCAAUGACAAGAAGCAACCGGGUUUGGGUUUUGAGGUUGAAGAAGAUAAUUUAAUAGAGAUUGAUCUAUGAUUUAUCUCCGCCCAAAAACGAUGCGCUUACCGGUGAAUUGCAAUUAAGCGAGGAAAAGGAGCCGUUUGAUGAGUUAAGUAUGGUUAACGUAGAUCAGUUAAGGUAAUUAGCAAGCGAAUAUCUGUUUCAAUGCAGGACUCCAAUACUCUCCCUCGACUGGACUCUAGCUUUUAAGUUCAGUUGUCACUUAUUACUUUAUUACAUAUAGUGGUCUAUUUAGAGUUUGGCGUUUUUUUUUUUUAAGCUUGACUCUACUAGUCAUACUUUGAAAAUCUUUUGCACUUGGAGAAGAGAUAAACAUCAGAGUUCGUGGAUCCUUGUGUUCAAGAAGAUCCUUCAAAAAUCAGUUCACUGUUAAGAUGUAUAUCUUGUUUUUCUUGAUAAAAGAUUUUGUACAUCUUCUUACUGUUAAUGAAAAGAGUAAGCUACCUAACUUAAAA